CGAGUCUGGAGUGACAGAGGGGGAAGGGGGCGGCUCAUAUAGAUAGACAAGGGAAGGAGCGGGGAAAUAAAACCUCAUGUGUGUCAUUUAGUGGAGUGGAUGAACGAACUCUAACAAAAUACAAUAAAAUAUAACAAAAGCUCGUUUCAAAAUUGUUGCAGGUAGUCUCUCGAGGGGGAACAAAGACAGACUGGGGGAGGAGCGCACGCUGCGAGGAGCCUAGAAGUUGUCUGUGAUUUUUCCAAACUUGAGGAAAGGAAGUCACCAACGAAGAGUCAUCAACUUUCCCUCCUUUCCUCUCCUUGUUCUUUCCAUCUCUUUAUCCCCUUCUGGAGGGUUGAAGCCAUGCCAAUCAUUUCUGCAAACACAGGGCUACAUGAGACUCUGGCCAUUCUCACAUCUCAGCUCCACCCUGAUGCCAACCACAAAGAGGACCUGGUCUUCCUCCGAGACGUCUUCAGUGAGAAAAGCAUUGGUUACCUGAUGAAGAUCCACGAGCGACUAAAGCAGUAUGAGAAAUACAGCCCCACUCCUGUCCUACACAGCGCCUCCUGUCUGGCAGAGGAUUUGGCAGAAGAACUUCAGAGCGGACCGCUGCAGGAAGAUGAGCAAGAACUUCUCCUUUUGCUGAACACGCCCCACCUGAAGGCAGUGCUUUCAGCUCACGACAUUGUUGCCCAAAAGAAAUUUGACCCAGUUCUUCCACCGUUGCCUGAAGACUUGGAGGAUGAUUUUGAGGAAGAGUCUGUAAAGAUCGUCCGUCUGGUCAAGAACAAAGAGCCUCUGGGAGCAACCAUUCGGAGAGACGAAGCCACAGGAGCCGUAAUCGUGGCCAGAAUAAUGCGGGGAGGGGCGGCUGACCGCAGCGGUCUGGUGAAUGUAGGAGAUGAGCUGCGAGAGGUGAACGGAAAUCUGAUUACCCACAAAAGGCCUGAUGAGAUUAGUCAGAUCCUGUCUCAGUCCCAAGGGCCGAUCACACUGAAAAUCAUCCCGGCUUUGGCAGAAGAAGACAGACUGAAGGAGAGCAGAGUCUAUCUUCGGGCUAUGUUUGACUACACGCCAUUUGAGGACAAAGCAACACCGUGUCAAGAGGCUGGACUUCCUUUUAAGAGAGGAGACAUUCUUCAGGUCGUCAGCCAGGAGGAUGCCACCUGGUGGCAAGCCAAGAAAGUUGGUGACUGCAACCUUCGCGCUGCCCUCAUCCCCUCUACACAGUUUCAGGAGAGGCGUCUGAGAUACAGAAUGAAGAUGAAUUCCCUCCCUGCUCCUCUGUCCCCCAAGGCUGCAGCAUAUGACCGGGCAGAGAAAGAAGACUGUGACAGUAAGGGUGCUCUGAAUGGAAAGGACGUAGCCAGUUUACGCAGGAGCCUCAGACACAAAAAGGAUCGCCAGGGUUCCCCAGCAGAGGCCCCCACUCCAGAAACCCAGCCGACUGAAUUCCGCAUUUAUGAGGAAGUUACCCAGUAUUUACCACAGCCUGGAGAGAAGCCCCGCCUUAUAGUCCUGAUAGGUUCGUUAGGAGCUCGGGUCACUGAGCUAAAACAGAAGGUGAUUGCUGAGAAUCCCAGAUGGUUUGGUUUGGCUGUUCCACACACGACCCGAGGUAGAAAGCCCCAUGAGAGGGAAGGAGUGGAGUACCACUUCAUCAGCAGAGCAGCCUUUGAAGCAGACAUUCAAAGUGGGAAGUUUAUUGAAUAUGGGGAGUAUAAAGAUAAUCUUUAUGGCACCAGCUUGGAGUCCAUUCAUAAAGUUCUGAGACAAAACAAGGUUUGCCUAGUAGAUGUCCAACCAGAGGCCCUGAAUACGCUGCGAACGGCGGAGUUUAAACCAUUUAUCAUUUUUGUGAAGCCUCGCAUCCCAGACUGUCACAGAAAACACUUUGGCUCAUCUUCCUCACUCAGCGCUGGAAUCACAGAGGAGGAUCUUCAGGAAAUGAAACUAUCUGCAGAGAAGAUGGAUGAGAACUACGGCCAUUGGGUUGACUAUGUAAUGUUGAAGGAGGACCCAGUGAGUGCCUUAGCAGAGCUCCAGAUGGUGCUGGAGAGGGUGCUGACGGAGCCCCAGUGGGUUCCUGUCUGCUGGGUGAGACGUUAGCCAAAUGAACUUCAUGACCAAACGGAAACCACUGUGCAAAGAGCCUCAACUAUCAUGUUACUGUUCCACACGCAAUGUUUCGGUGAUGGUCAAAAAUGUCAUGGAGGAAAACUAAGUACACUCUAAAAUAACUGUAGCUUCAUUUUUAUUUUGGCUCAAUCUUUUCUAUCAAUGACUCAAUUCAUUGAGAUUAGCAGGCUUUUACUCCUGUUACACUCUGACAAGGUUAGACUAGUGUUUUGACCAGGUUGACCGCCGUACUUGGAGUAGAUCAUUGUUGCAUCUUGGUUUUUUUUUUUCCCCUCUUUCAGCCACUUUACUUAAACAUUAUUUUCCUGUUGUUGAGUCAGGUUGUUGGGGAAUGUUGGCCUAAUGGUUAGAGCAGGUUGGUUCUGAGAAGGUUGCAAAAAACCGAUUUGAUGCCCACAGCCUGCACUCUGGGUUCCUGAGCAAGACCCUUAACCUGAAACUGAUCCUGGGGAGCCACACCAUGGCAGCCCACUGCUCUUCAAGGGGAUGUGUUAAAAUGCAGAGUGAAUUUCCCCAUUGUGGGACAUUGAAAAGGGUUAGAUUUAUUUAUUUUAUAUUUUUUUGUCAGAGGGUCUUGCAGACAGAGGGGUUUAAGAGUUGGCUCAAUGACAGAAAGGUGCCCAUGUUAUGUGGCUUUCAGAGAUGGGAAGUAACGCAGUACAAAUACUUCGUUACUGUACUCAAGUAGAUUUUUCUGAUAUUUUUACUUUACUACUUAUUUUUAUGGCGACUUUUUACUUCUACUCCUUACAUUUUUACACAAAUAUCUGUACUUUCUACUCCUUACAUUUUUAAAAAUUGUCUCGUUACUUUAGUUUUGAAUCAUUUCAAUGGAGUUACCGUUAUUUUUUUUCACGUCAUCAAUAUCAAAUUCAAUCUAACUGGAUGGGAAUCUGCGUUGCAUUUGAUGCACCACUACAAGAUGAAUCGACAGAUUCGGCGGUAUUCAUUAGCUGCAAAUCAUUGCAGCUUGGUGGCGGUGGCGUUAGCAUAGUAGCAUGGACGACGAGAUGAUUGAAAAUGAACACAACGGAGAUCUAGUCCUAUUGGCAGACAUC